GGCGGAUAUAUCCGAAAUAAAAAAGCGCCAUACACUCCACUAGAUUUUCAUUUCUUUUCUUUCGCGCUAUUCAAAGAACCCUAAGCCCCAAAUUGCAAAAUGAGGAUCGCACAGACUCUACGCUACCACCGCCUUGAUGUCCUUCAUCUUUAAUUGGUGCGCGCUCUCUCUCUCUCUCUCUCUUUGAGUGUGUAAUGUGCUUAAUUGAAGUUCAAUUUCAUUUGAUUUCAACUCAGUUGAUUCCUAAGGUUUUCAGAUAAAUUGGUAUUUUGUUCAAUUUAGGAUUUGAGAUGGAAGAGAUAUUAUUUUUUUAUUUAUGAUGUGGAAUCUCCAAUUACAUUUCAUUUCUUUCAAGGAAACCUAAGAGAGAUGAGAACAAAAACAAAGUUUGAGUCCUCUAUUUUCAUAUUUUCUGAACGAAAAUUGAAGGAACAUAAGUAGACAUUAUAAUCUUUCUUUUCAACGUCGAUGAUAGCAGAGAGAGGACAAGGACCUUCAACCAACAGACCAUACUUCUGAAACUCCCAUUCACUGUACACCAACGGUAAAUUCUAGUGGCCAUACUUCUUAAACUCCCACUUGUUGUUAUCAAUUGAUAGAAGAAGUGUAGAUAAUCUAGAAUUAUUGGGAAAGGAUGUUAUUUAAUUCCUUUGCAGAACCUUAUCAUGUGAUUAUUAAUGGUGCCCACUUCUGUGUAAUAUAACUGGAGUGAUAUAUUAUGCAGUAGUAGAAAAUUUGGAUGUUAGAUUGGUAAUUCAUGUGUUUGAGGAUGUUUUGAAGCACAACAAGACCAAAGAUUGUUGGAUUAUCAUUUGUGAUUUUUUUUCUUUGGUAUCAAUUUAAUUUUUUAGUGAUUCUAUCGUCUUAUAAUGAAUACUACAAUGAAUCGUUAAUUGUCUGUCAUAUCAGUAGUUCUCUUUCUAAUUGUUUUGUAAAGCAUCGUUUGGGAUCUUGUAAUCUAUAUUUUUAAGAGCUUGUUAUGCUCCCUUGAAGUGUUGAAACCAGGAAAGCCCAAGAGUCUUAACUUUAUACAAAGAAGUUGUCGGUCUGUAUAUAGUAAUAAUCGUUUCCACACGUUAAUAAAAGACAUCUUGAUAAAUAUGUACGUAAUUUAGGUAGUUUUUUUUUCUUUACACGAUUCUUCUAGUUAGUGUUAAAAUAAAUUGCGAAGUUUCUUGUUAAACUGGAACAACAGAAGGGGUUGUUUAUGUUCGUGUUUUACUGCAGAGAAUUCAGCGAGUCAUACAACAGGGGACGAAACUUGAAAGAAAUACUUCAAACUCAAACUUCUUUUGAGAACAAAGACAACUGUUUAUGACAUUAUCUUUUAGGUUUAAGCUGUGCAGUUUAUUGUUUGUUCCAUUGGAUUUUGCUAUGAUAAAAGAGCAUAGUGUCACAUGUUUCGGGAGCCAGUUAACUUAUAUCAUCUCAAACACUAUGGUAUAAUACUAAAACAAGCAUAUACCAAUUAGAUGAAGGGAAAGGUAUUUCUGAAAAAUCAAAUAGAAGGUGAAUCCUGUAAUACUCCUAACUUAAAACUCAAUCUUUAAUCUUCAUAUUUAAAUAUGGGUAUGUCACAUGUGUGUGCACACCAGGAGCUCAGAGAAAUUAAAUCAUUUUAUGGGAUGCAAAGCCUUUGGAAGUCUUGCUUGAGGAGAAUGGUUUAGAAUGGAGAAAGACUUCAUUUGGACUUGGAGCAUCGACAUCUUAACAGGUUCGGAUUCUUCAUCCUUUUUAACACAGCUACUUACGCAUUUGGGAUGUCAAGUCACGGCAACUUCUCUCUGCGGUCAAAUAAAGAGUGUGGCAUGUAUUGGCACUCCGGCUGCGUUACUAUCACUCGGAUUUACAAGUACUUGAGUAAAUUCAACUGGGAACCAACUAAAGAAGAUCCUAGAAACAUAUGGAUUCCAAAUGCUGGUAACGACGGAGAGUGGGUAAAUCCUGAUGAUUGUGUUCUGCACGACAAAAGUUGUUUCUUUGGCCUGCAGCUGCAUGUUUUAGAGAAGCACUAUGACAAGGAACUGCUCAGUUUCUUCUCCAAAUUAGGUGUCAAAAGCAAUCCUUCUCUUGAUGAUUUUCUCAAGCUUUGGAAGUCUUGGGAAAAUGCGGACCGCAGUUUGUCACAAUCAGAGUGUCAAACCUUCUGGGAGUUCAUUGUGAAGCACUGGAGCUCAAGAACCGAGAAAUUUCUAUCUGAGAACUUGUCAAAACUUCCUGUGGGUUCAGACUCGAACGAACUUUUGUUCCUUGAUAAACGUGAUGUUUUUAUUGCUGAUGAUCUCUUUCUGAAUGAUUUAUUUGAACAGUCUUCUUCUCAUCCCUUGUUUAUUUGGUAUCCACAACCAAGCUUGCCAUCUUCACCUCGGCAGAAGCUGCUUGAAAUUUAUGGCAAAAUUGGUGUUCCGAAUUUGUCUGAAUUUGUUCUGAAAUAUGGCUUGUCUUCUAUUAAUUGUGUUGGACUUGAGCAGGUGCAGCCGAAGGAAAUCUUCAUCGGAAAGGGUUUGAUUAAGUUAAUCCUUGGCUUCGUUGCUGAUCCUUCACUUCAAAUGGAAGCGCGUACGAGACAUGGAGCUCUCAAAAGCCUCGUGGAUAUUAGCUUUUUUGCGACACCAGAACAAAUAACAAUGGAUUACUGUCCGUCACUUUCUUCUGGUGAUUUCCUGAACGUGAAAGUGAGCCGAAUGAUGUGCUGGGAUAGAGAAAAUGCAAAGAUUUUUAUACAAAAGCUGGAAAAAUAAGGUGGUUGCAGAUGUAAGCUUGAGUUUGCUACAUAUUUCUCAGAAGUAGUUGCCGAGGGAAUUCUAAGGCAGAAAGAUGAUUGUGUGCACCAACUGGCUGAAUUGAUCAAGUUGGGAUUCAUCCUGGAAUUUGAUCAGGCAACUGUUGGGUUCUUGAUGAAAACAAAGAAUCUGCAAAUAUUUUUAGAGGAUGAAGAAUUCCUUUCUGCUGCCUUCACUUCCGAAUAGGUAUUUAUGCGCACUAAAUCCACCAUCCCCAUUAUGCACCCCCUUAAUGUUUUUGUAAAAUUUUCAUUUUGCUUUUUGGUAAUUUCCUGAAAUAUACUACUUUUGACAUGUUUUGGUAUUGAGGUGGAUGAUGUAUUAUCUUGCUUUCCAACAUAUAUCAUAGUUUACUGAUGGUUCUGGAUGUCUUUUGUUGGUGAUGUAUCAUUAACUGAAAGGAGCUCUGCAAUUU